AUGGAACGCUCUCACCGGGUGACGCCCCCACUGGCUGUGGGAGACUGGGUGUGGUUGUCCAUGAAACAUCUAAGAGUCGACUGCCCGGUCAAGAAGCUGGACCAUCGAUUCAUCGGUCCCUUUCCUAUCGAGGCGGUCAUCAAUCCCAUUGCUUAUCGGCUCACACUACUGCGUUCUAGGUGCAUUCAUCCUGUCUUCCACCGUUCCCUUCUGAUUCCUGAUGCCCCUUCGUGUGCUCUCCAUUCUCCCGCUGCUGUGGUUCCUCCACCUGUACCCGACGAUGAUACCGCUGCUGAUGACAUGGUGGUCAGCAUUUGGGAUUCCCGCUGGCUGAAAGGACAGUGUGGGAAUAGGCCAUGUCACCUUGUCUUGCAAAGAGCUAAGAGUUUGUCUGUUAGGUCACAGCCCAAACACAGCCUCAUACCCAUGAAGUACCAGCAGUUCCAGGCCUUGAUGUUUGCAGUCAGAGAGAUCAACAAGGAUCUUCUUCUCCCCAACAUCACCCUUGGCUUCCACAUCUAUGACAAUCACCAGAUUGAGAGGGAGAUUUCCUUAAUCAGCCUUUCUCUGCUCUCCACAAGAGGCCAAACUGUCCCAGGUUAUCAAUGUGACAGGCAGGACCCUCUGCUCUCUGUCAUUGGGGGUCUCAAUUCCAAAUCCUCAAGGCAGAUGGCCUCCAUUUUCAGCAUCUUCAAGGUCCCACAGCUCGGUGUUGGCUUUGAGUUCUCUCUGGAAGAGAGAAGAGUUUAUCCUUCCUUCUUCCGGAUCAACCCCAAGGAAUCUCCUCAGUAUGUGGGUUUAGUCCAGCUGCUCCUGUAUUUCCAGUGGAACUGGCUUGGGCUCGUGGUCUCUAAAGAUGACAUUGGAGAACGCUUUGUCUCAACUCUGACACCAAUGCUGAAGGAGAAGGAGAUUUGCCUGGCCUUUACUAAAAUGUUGAAAUCGGAGGUCCUUACAAAUACAAUGCUCAGAUUCCUUUGGCUUUUAAAAUCUUCCUUUAAAGUUGAAGUGAUUGUCCUCUUUGUAGACUACAGAACGAUUGCAACUUUACAAGGAGCUCUGUUUUCUUAUGAACAAUGGAUAAAAACAUCGUAUGGCAAAGUCUGGAUAAUAACUUCCCAUUGUGAACUUAGUGGGAUGGGAUCACUAGAUACCCUGGAAUAUAUGAAGCCCUUCCAUGGGGCUUUACAUUUUAGGGACCAUACCGGAAAUGUCCCAGAAUUCAGCCAUUUCCUCUUGUCUUUAGAUCCUUUGAAUUCAGAGGGAGAUAUCUUUCUUCUGCAAUGGUGGGAAAGGGUCUUUGACUGCAAGUUCUACAAACAUGGCAACAUCUCUAAAGGGGAAGACAAAACAUGCACAGGAAAGGAGAAUUUACAGAAUUUGCCAGCUUUUAUGUUUGAGACGAGCAUGACAGGUGACAGUUACAAUGUCUACAAUGCCAUUUAUGCUCUGGCACAUGCAUUACAUGCAAUGUAUGAAGCAGGGGCACGACCAACCAUGCUGAGGGCUGGAAAGAGGAUCUCAAAUGUGCAAUCAUGGAAGCUUCUUCCCUAUUUGAGAAAUGUCCAGUUCAACAACAGUGCUGGAGAUAAAAUCUCCUUGUCUGAAAAUGGACUAGGAUCUGCUCAACAUGACCUAUUCAACUGGAUUUUCUUCCUUAAUCAAUCUUUUAUCCCCAUGAAAGUUGGACAAAUAGAUCACGGAACUCCUCCUGGUCAGGACUUCACGAUUAACUCUGGUGCAAUUGUCUGGGCAAAAAAGAAGGUGCCCUUUGCCAGGUGUGGCAUGAAAAGGUGCCAGGCAGGAGAGAGGAGAAGAGUUCCAGAGGGCCAGCAGGUUUGCUGCUACCGAUGUGCCCUUUGCCCAGAAGGAACCAUUUCUAAUCAGACAGAUGCAGCCCACUGUGACCCUUGUCCAGAAGACCAAUACCCCUGCAAGGACAAGGACCAUUGCAUUGCCAAGAAGCUCCACUUCCUUUCCUAUCAAGAUACCCUGGGAUACACUUUAGCUUCUUUAGCUCUUUCUCUCUGUGUGAUCAGUUUGGUGGUUCUGAUGAUUUUCCAUAAACACCACGACACACCAAUCGUCAAGGCCAACAACCGAGAUCUCACCUACAUCCUCCUGGUCUCCCUCCUGCUCUGCUUCCUCUGCUCCUUCCUCUUCAUUAGUCAACCUGGAAAGUUCACUUGUCUUUUACGGCAAACAGCCUUUGCCAUUCUGUUUUCCCUUGCAGUUUCUUCUGUAUUAGCAAAAACUGUCAUGGUGGUUCUGGCCUUCAUGGCCACCAAACCAGGGAACAAGACAAGGAAAUUCCUAGGAAAACCACUGACCAACUCCAUUGUCUUUGGAUGUCCCCUGGUCCAAGCAGUUUUUUGCACCAUCUGGCUAGCAGCCUCCCCUCCAUUUCCCAACUUGGACUUCCACUCAUUGAUUGGCGAGAUCAUUUUAGAAUGUAAUGAAGGCUCAACUUCAAUGUUUUAUGCUGUUCUUGCCUACUUGGGUUUCUUGGCCCUUGUCAGUUUCACAGUGGCCUUUCUGGCUAGGAAAUUGCCUGACAGCUUUAAUGAAGCCAAGUUCAUUACUUUCAGCAUGCUGGUCUUUUGCAGUGUUUGGGUUACCUUCCUCCCCACCUACCUAAGCUCCAAAGGGAAAUCUAUGGUGGCUGUGGAGAUAUUCUCCAUCUUGGCCUCUGGGGCUGGCCUCUUGGGUUGUAUUUUUUUCCCCAAAUGCUACAUUAUCCUACUUAGGCCCAAUCUGAAUUGUAGAGAAAAUAUAAUGAGGCAAAAGAAACUGUGA